UUGAAUGAUGAGUACUUGGAAGCGGAUUCCUGGACGUCUUGUUAUUGAAAAAGAGAUAGAGGACCCUCGAUGGUACAUCAACACACCUAGUUACGAAGGAAACCCCACAGAUGCUUGGAAACAGUUGGAUUUGAAAAAAGCCGCCAAAGAAUUGUUAGAAGACGCUGUCGUAAAAUACCAUAAGAAAUCUCGGUUUCAAAGGAGCGGGCUUCCUAAGGAGUUUUUGGAAUCUGCGCAAAGGUCAGGAACUUUAAGAGACCAAAUUGGAGCUCUAGUAACGAUAGUAGAAGAAGCGCCACUUUACAAGUUAAAAGGGUUGACCAGCUUAAUAGACCAACUUGAAAAGAAGUCUAAACGUGUGAUGUUAUUGAUAUUCCCAGCUUUGAAAGAUUUGUUCAUAAACAUACUAUUACCGGACAGAUAUCUCGUUCACUUUUCGCAACGAAAUUUUCACUUUGAUACGCUUACAAAACGGCAUCUUAUUUUUGCUAUAUUUGAAUCUCAUUUAAAAGAACUCUAUCAACGUUACUUGUUGUGUUUGGAAGAACUGUCACAGGAUCCUUUGGAAUACCCACGAAAUAUGGCAUUAAAGCUUGCAAGGGAGCUGAUUGAAAGAAAACCAGAAGGAGAGCGUUUUCUUCUUGCUUUGAUAAUCAACAAAAUGGGUGAUCCUAGUAAAAAUAUUGCUUCCAAAAGUGGUUAUUUUUUGCAUCAGAUAUUGUUUCGACAUCCACAUAUGAAGAGUUUUAUCGCAAGGGAAGUUAUGCAAUUUUGUGUUCGACCCAAUCUUCCACUUCGUGCCAAACAAUAUGCAUUGAACUUUUUAUCUUUACUGCAUUUCACUAGCAAAGAAGAUCCCAAUUUUCUUCAAAGCUUGUUGACAUUUUAUCUUUCGGAGUUUCAUGAGUUUGUCCGAGAAAAAUGGAAGCAGGAUAAAAGUGCAUCUACAGACAACUACAGCAAACCGAUAUCAUAUAUUUUGCAAGGUAUAAAACGAUGUAUAUUUUUUUUGGAGGAAGAAGAAUUGAAUGAUAAAUUGAAGACGGAAUUAAGCUCGAUUUUUCAAAUAGCAAAGUCUGACACUGAUAGCGAUUGGCUUGUAGCAGUGGAGCUUCUUUUUAUGUUGAGAAAGGUCGAUGUCAAAGGUUUUGAGGGCUGUGGAAAAGUUUUGUAUCAAAGAAUAUUCGAUUCGUUGCAUUUGAGUGUCCAGAAACAGGAGCGUUUCCUCAAAAUAAUUUCCGAGUCUUUGAAAUCUGACAAUGUGGUUGACCGUGUUUGUGCAAUGACUAAACGAUUAUUUCAAGCUGCCUUGGAGAGUAAUGCUUGUUUUGCUGCAGCAUGCUUGCUUUCUGUCUAUCAAGAUAAUAGUCUAUCAGAACUUAAAGGAAUAUUAUCUUCCUUUGUACGUUUUCCAGAGCAAGGAAGAGAAGACGAUUCAAAGAACAAGUCUAUAGAGUACAAUGGAUAUGUCAUGAAUCCUCUGAAAGCAAAUGCCGCUAUGUCCUGUUUCUGGGAACUUGACUUGUUAAGUCAUCAUUUUCACCCAACUGUGUCUAUUUUUGCUUCCAAAGUGCUGGAUGUAUGUGAAACACCAGCCUAUUCGGGGAAUGCUUUGAAAGACUUUUCUCUUCAUUCUUUCUUGGAAAGAUUCAGCCAACGGAAACCCAAAGCAGGAGUGGUUGAAAGUUUAAAGGGUAGCAGUAUCCUUGGUUCAUCACAAAUAUUGGAUCGGAACAAUGUGGAUGAGUUUGUCGAAGACCAAGUCACAUUGGCAACUCUUGUAUCCGAAAUGGGAGACAGAAAACUUGAUAGAGCUUCAAAGCGGAAGCGUAGAAUGAUGAAACAAGAAGAGAGAGAUGAUGAUGAUGAUGAUGAUGACCUGGAUGAAGAGUUUGAACAGGAAGUUCGGCGCAAAUUUGGAAAUUCUUUAGACAUGGAUGACAUGAGUAUUGAGGAAAUUGAUGAAGAAGAAGAAAAAGAAGAAGAAGAAGAAGAAGAUGAUGAUGUUAUUGUGAAAGAGGUGCAUUCUCUGAUGAAGGAACCUAUAGAUGACUUGUUUGAUUCUUCAUUGGAAAGAUACCCAGAAAAUAGAAAAAAUUACAAGAAACAGAAAAGACAUAGCGUAUUUGCACCAGCUGAAGAAUAUGAAGUUGAAAUCCCUUGACGAUAGAAUGUUUUCCAUUUCUCCCCAUUAUGGAAAAUGGUGGAGCAAUGAGCAGUCUUCAACGAGAAAUAACGUGUAGUUACGCCUUUGCAAAAGAACUAGUUUGCAGUCUCCAAGCUCACAAUACAAGUCUAUUUUGUCCAUACUCAGUUUCUACGUUUGAACCGUGUAAUCAACCUUGCUUUGUAAUCGGUAAACAAUCUCUGUACCCAACUUGACACUAUUCAACUGGUUCCAACUUUCAGCACAGUCUGAAUACGAAAAGAAAGAAUUCAACACUCUUUGUAUAUAUUGUCCAAUAGGUUUGAAUGCAAGGUAAGCUAACUUUAUUUCCCCUAGUUUCAAAAUAUUAGAGUAUUCUGUUCUGUAGUAGUAGUAGAAGAGUGUUGUUGGUGACGAGAGAUACCAUCACUAUUCUCCUCUUGUAUUACAUAAACCAAUGACUGCAAAUAUUUUUUACUUUUUGCAGUGUCAGUUUUCUAUAGUGAUAUGUCUAAGAGAAGUUGUUCUCUGAAAGUUCAGUUUUUAUAUGAGAAGUAGCAUUUUGUGAGAAUGUUUCCCGUAGUAGUGACGACAAGGGGAAUAGUUUAAGAAACACUUAUAGUCAAAG